UAUUUUCCCUUAUAAUUUGGGACGGAUGGAGUACAUACAUAUAUGUAUACACACACAAAGUAGAAUUACAAAAAAAAAAAUUAGAAUUUAAAAAACCGCGAGUAAACCAUUUUUCCAAAGUUUUAUUUGAAGAAGAUAAAUUAGCCCACCCAAAUUUGCGCCAGAGAUAAUCGAACCUCAGACCUCAAGAGAAGCACACUCCCAGGUCUCAAGCCAAUAUCAAUGCACAAAUACAAGUGGAUUCCAUUUUUCCAAUGUUAAAGCACGUGUCCUUGGAAAAAUAAAAUGAUGGAGAUGCCUAUUUAUUAUGUUGUGUUUGUGGAGUCACCAUUGUGCAAUUUUGCUUCAUUCACUUUCCUCAAAGAUGUCUAGAUACAAAUGCUUUGUUUUUGUCAUUGUUUUCCAUUUGAGUCACCAAUCAUCAUUUGGAUGUUUGGAACAGGAGAGGCAAGCACUUGUUGAACUCAAAGGAAGUUUUAAGGAUCCAUCAUUUAGACUUUCCUCUUGGGAAGGAAAUGAUUGUUGCAAAUGGAAAGGUGUUAAUUGCAGCAACAUUACAGGACAUGUUGUAAUGCUUGAUCUUAGCAAUCCAUAUUCAAAACAUAAGCUUGAAUCUCAACAUCUCCAUCCUUCUCUUUCACAGUUCAAAUAUCUUAGUCAUUUGGACCUUAGUGGAAACAAUUUUAAUUCAAGUCCAAUACCAAAGUGGAUCCAUUCUAUGAACCAUUUACAAUUCCUUGAUCUCUCUGAUUCCCAUUUUAGUGGCAUGAUCCCAAACAAUCUAGGAAACCUCACAAAAUUGUCCUAUCUUGAUCUCAGCUACAAUUCUUGGUUACACUCUGAUGACAUCUAUUGGGUUUCAAAACUUUCAUUGCUUCAAUAUCUUUCCAUGAAUGAUGUUUUUCUUGGGAAGGUACACAAUUUAUUCAUGGUUGUUAACAUGCUUCCUUCUUUGUCAGAAUUAGACUUGAGGAACUGCGGCAUAAUUACACAAAUGCAUAGUGAUCAUCAAAUUGUUAGUUACACAAAUUUUUCUAGCAUUGAGUCUCUCUAUCUUGCAGACAAUAAACUUGAUGGUUCAGAUCUGAAUGCUUUUAGAAACACGAGUACUUCAAUUGAAGUUAUUGACCUUUCUAACAACAGUCUCAGUUCAGUUCCAUUUUGGUUUAGUAAUUGUGUCAAACUUGAAUAUCUCAUUCUUAGAAACAAUGCUCUUAAUGGCUCAAUUCCACUCCCUCUUCAAAAUUUGACUUCCUUGAUAGAGCUUGAUCUUUCCCAAAAUAACAUUGAAUAUGUUCCAUUGUGGUUAGGAGGGUUACAGAGUCUUUCAUAUCUCAGUCUGGAAGGGAAUCAAGUAAACCAUAUUGAGGAUUCUCUCCCAACAAUUCUAGGAAAUAUGUGUCAUCUUAAGAUACUACAUUUGUCUGGAAACCGACUUCAAGGAAAUGCACUCGUCGGUAAUUUACAACCCGCAAGAUGCAUUGGAUUUGAUUUAAUGGUACUGGAUUUGAGCAACAACAAUUUCAAUGAUCAGCUGCCAAUAUGGUUGGGACAACUUAAAAAUAUGGUAGUCCUCACACUUCGUUUGAGUUUUUUCCAUGGUCCUAUUCCAAAUUUUUUGGGAAAAUUGUCAAACUUAGAAUAUUUAUCCCUUGCUAACAAUCACUUGAAUGGAUCUAUUCCAAACUCUCUAAGAAAACUUAGAAAUCUAAGCUACUUGGACAUUUCUAAUAACCACUUGUUUGGGGGUCUUCCUUGUAGUAUAACAGAACUUGUCAAUCUAAAGUAUCUGCUUCUGAACAAUAAUAAUUUGAGUGGUGUUCUUCCUAAUUGUAUUGGACAAUUUGUCAAUCUUAACUCCUUGAUUAUUUCUUCUAAUAAUUUUUCUGGUAUUAUACCUAGGAGUAUUGAACAAUUAGUUAGUCUAGAACACCUUGAUGUGUCAGAAAACUCUCUGAAUGGUACAAUCCCACAAAAUCUUGGUCAACUUUCAAAAUUGCACACCCUCUAUCUUAGUAAAAACAAUUUGCAUGGGAAAUUUUCCGAAAUUUUCCAUAAACUUAUGAGCCUGCAAAGUUUAGACUUGUCUCUCAACCAUUUAGAAGGUAUGUUUUCAGAGAUAAAGUUUCCUAAGUCACUAGCUUAUGUGAACCUCACCAAUAACCAUAUCACUGGAUCACUUCCCCAAAACAUUGCUCAUACAUUGCCUAAUCUCACUCACUUGCUUCUUGGAAAUAACCUCAUAAAUGAUUUCAUUCCAAAUUCAUUGUGCAAAAUAAACUCUCUGUACCAUAUUGACCUUUCAGGCAACAAUUUAGUUGGCAACAUUCCUAAUUGUUGGAGUUCAAGUCAAAGAUUAAAUGAGAUAAACCUAUCAUCUAACAAACUAUCAGGAGUUAUUCCAAGCUCGUUUGGUCAUCUUUCGACUUUGGUUUGGUUGCAUUUGAACAAUAAUAGUCUUCAAGGGGAGUUUCCAAAAUUUUGGGGGAAUUUAAAGCAAUUGUUAAUCUUAGAUAUUGGAGAUAAUCAAAUAUCAGGGACUAUACCUUCAUCGAUUGGAGACGAUUUCUCCUUAAUCCAAAUUCUCAGGUUAAGACAAAACAAGUUCCAAGGGUACAUUCCAUCAAAACUUUGCAAACUUUCAACUUUGCAAAUCUUGGACCUUUCCAACAACAUGUUGAUAGGUUCAAUCCCUCCAUGCAUUGGAAAUCUUACAGCAAUGAUUCAAGGAAGGAAACCAUCGGUUACCUUAGCUCCUAGAGAUGGGAAAGAUGAGCCGAGGAAUUUCGAUUGGUUUAGCCAAGAUAUGUCGAGGUAUUUUGAACGGUUUAGCCAAGAUAAGUCAAGGAAUUUUGAUUGGUUAGAUCAAGAUGUCUCCCAGGUUAUCAAAGGAAGAGAAGAUCAUUAUACAAGAAAUCUGAAAUUGAUGUCCAAUAUGGAUUUAUCAUGCAACAAUCUGAGUGGACCUAUUCCCAAGGGGAUAACUCGUUUAACUGCUUUGAGAGGCCUAAAUCUAUCACACAAUCAUUUGUCUGGUGAAAUUCCUACAACCAUAGGGAACAUGAAGUCACUUGAAUCAUUGGACCUCUCUCAUGAUCAACUUUCAGGCGCAAUUCCACCCAAUAUGUCUAGCUUAACUUUUCUAAGUGCACUAAACUUGUCCUACAACCACCUUUCAGGACAAAUUCCACAAGGCAGGCAAUUUUCAACAUUUAUUGAUCCAUAUAUUUAUGUUGGCAACGACGUUCUUUGUGGUUCACCAUUGUCUACUAAUUGUGAUCCAGAUGAAAAUGAUAGAGAUGAAAGUGGAGAUGAAGAUGAGAAACAAGACAAGGUUGAGAAAUUGUGGUUUUACUUUGUGGUAGCACUUGGGUUUACUACUGGAUUUUGGGCAGCGAUUGGAGUUUUGUUCUUGAAGAAGGAUUGGAGGCAUGCUUGCUUUAGAUGUGUUGAUGAGUUAGUGCACAAGAUAAGAAAUGAUUAAAAACUGAAUUCAUACUCUCUGUUUUUUGUGGCUUACUUGAGGGGUCAUGUAAUUUGAUUGAAGAUGAUUAGUCACUUAAUUUCUAUGUGAAAUCUAAUUUUGUAAUUUCCUUUGUUAUGAAAAUAAAAUCUCCUAAUAAUUUAUAAGGGUAUUGGAUAUCGAAUCCUAGACACUUUAUUUAUUUUAAAGGUGAAAUUUUAUAAACUAGUUAAUAGACUAAAAAA